AUGGCGGUCGCGCAGGAAAACAUCCAGCUCUAUCUACUUUUCGUGUUCUACAAGAGACGUCAGGAGCGGCUUGUGCAGUUGUUGCUCGGGGUCGCGCUCAUCAGCUUUGCGAGUCUUGUGCCCGGCGCUCACCCGAACCAUGAACUUGUGAGCGAUCUCUUCGACAUUUCCGACGUCUGCUCCGUGCUGAGCUUCCUGCUGCAGAUUACCGUCAUCACUGGAGACGUGAACAAGAUAUUCAAGAUCCCAGCAAUAGCAAGACUCUCGCGCGUGACUCAGUUAUUCGUGGUGGUGAACUUCGCUGUGCUCUUCACGAACGUGCUAGAUAUUGUCGUACCUGACUUGAACGUCGACGCCAUCGAGUUGGUGGAUGUCGUCACUGAGUACAUAUCCCUGGCGUUCGUAAUGGGAUUUCGCUUCUACUUUCUAGCCAUGGCCCGAGGCCCCGCUAAAGUGUGGCAGAACCAAAAGCUGGAGGUGUUUUUCUAUCUGUUGCUUGCGACCCACGCGGUUCCGUUCGCAAUUCUCAGCAAGGCCACGGGUCUCGACUGGCACCUCGUCCAAGGACUUUGA